AAGGGAAGACCGCAAAGCUUGCCUACGUUUUGCACACACGUGUCUUAGCCUGUACCUGUCAAAGUGCAGUUAUCUACCUGGGAAUUGGACCAUCUGAGGAACAACUUAAUCUUAGUAUAUCUGUUGAUAAUAUAAUUGUAAACAAUAACAACUGUCGCCAAAUUUUAUGACUACAAUGCCAAAGAUAGUUGAAUGCGUCCCAAAUUUCUCAGUUGGGAGAAAUAAAGAGAUAAUUGAAGCUAUUGCAGGGGCUAUAGCAGCAAUUGAAGGAUGUAACUUAUUGGACGUAGAUCCUGGGGCUUCUACAAAUCGUACAGUAUACACAUUUGUUGGCUCACCAGAUGCUGUAAUAGAAGGGGCAUUAUGUGCAGCCAGGGUGGCUUAUCAGGCAAUAGACAUGAGGAUGCAUCAAGGGGAACAUCCUAGGAUGGGAUCACUGGAUGUUUGUCCAUUUAUCCCUGUACAGAAUGUUACAAUGGAUGACUGCAUAGAAUGUGCCAGGGAGUUUGGUGAUAAACUGGCUGGAGAACUGGGCAUUCCAGUAUAUUUGUAUGGUGAAGCAGCAACACAGGAACCAGGAAAACUUACCCAGAUACGAGGGGAAUAUGAACCCCCAAAAAAGCUUACAAAGGAUGAAUGGAAACCAGAUUUUGGACCAGCUGAGUUUGUACCAUCAUGGGGAGCAACUGCUGUUGGGGCUCGCAAGUUUCUUAUAGCCUACAAUAUUAACAUGCUGAGUACAAAGGAACAGGCUCACAGGAUAGCUCUCAAUAUACGUGAACAGGGUCGCAGCAAAGACGAGCCAGGUAGAUUGAAAGAAGUUCAGGCAAUAGGUUGGUACUUGGAGGAGGCUAACAUGGCGCAGGUGUCUGUCAACAUCACUGACUUUGAGCAGACGGCAAUACAUACAGUGUAUGAGGAAGUCUGUAAAGAUGCUGAGGAGUUGAACAUUGCUGUGGUUGGUUCCCAGGUAGUAGGACUGGUUCCCCUUGAAGCAAUAAUGGCAUGUGCACAACAUUACAUGGAGAAAAGUAACUUGUUUAUUCUAGAGGAGGACCAGAAGCUAAGACUAGUUAUUAAUAAAUUAGGCCUCAAUUCACUUGGUCCAUUUAGUCCUAAAGAAAGAAUUAUAGAGUAUAUGAUAACAGAUGAAAGAGAAGGCCCUCUAGCAAGUAUGGAUGUGAAAGACUUUAUCCUGACAGUUGGGUCAAGGUCACCAUCACCUGGUGGUGGAUCAGUGUCAGCACUGGCUGCUUCAUUGGGAGCAGCCCUUGGAUCAAUGGUAGGGUUUUUGACAUACGGUAACAAGAAGUUUUACGAGUUGGAUGGUCAGAUAAGAAAGUUAAUCCCACCACUUUAUAAGGCAAUGAAAGAUCUUACACCAUUCAUAGAUGCUGAUGCCCUGGCGUUUAGUGAAUACAUGUUUGGCAAAAAUUCCAGCAGAGACGAAGAAGAACAAGAAUGA